CCCGGCCUGGCCCCGCCCCUCACGGGUUGGCCGUGCCCCUGACCUGUCACUUAUCCCUCGGUCCCGCCCCCCGCGGCCCCCCGGGACCCCCGGUGUCACUCCCCUCUCGCGGGGGUGACACCGGGGGGGGUCACAUUCCCCCCCCCCCAUCGUCCAUGGGGGCCCCGGGGCGACGCCCCCGCGGCGCUCCCGCCGCCCCCGGCGCUUCCUGCGGGGCCCGAGGCAGCGGCUCCGACGGGGCGGGCGGAGCGGCCGCAGGUGCGCGGGGGGAACGAGGGGCCCGGGGGCGGUUCGGCCUUGGGGUGGGCUCUGAGGGCCGUGUGUGUGUGAGAUCCCCGUGCAGGCAUGAGCCCCAAAAGCUGCCUCGGCUGUACCAAGUGCUUCCUCUUCCUCCUCAACCUCUUGUUUUUCGGUCACCACUGGCCAGCCUGAGGCUCUGGUCCUACGGCUUCUCUGGGGUCGGCAUCGUCACGAUGCUCCUGGGAUUCCUGGGGUGCCUGGGGGCCCUCAAGGAGGUCAAGGUUAUGCUGGGGCUGUAUUUUGGGAUCCUGCUGUUGCUCUUCGCUGCCCAGAUCACAGUGGCCAUCAUCGUCUACACGCAGCGCGCCGCUCUGGCUACAAAGGUGGCCACCUACGCGGAGGAGCUGAUCCGGGGGUACCCCGCCCAGGGACCACCUGGGGACCCCCAUGAGAGUUGGGACGCUGUCCAGCACUCGGCUGCUGUGGCUGGAAAGGACCCCAGGACUGGGACCACCACGAUGACGCCACCAGGGACGGCACCAGGGACGAGGACAAGGCCAUCGCCUGCUCCUGCCUCAGGGCACCCAACAGCACCCUCGAGACCCCAUGGGUGCUCCCCCCAUGGCCACUGCCCCGUGGCCGCCCCCCAGGACAUCUUCCCCAGGGGCUGCAAGGAGAGGGUCCAGACCUGGCUGGCCGGAAACCUGGUCACCAUCGUGGGGGUUUGCAUAGGCAUCAGCCUGGGGGAGCUUUCCCUGCUGAUGCUGUCGAUGUUCCUGGUCCGGAACCUGGACUCCCACUACGAGAAGCUGCUGCGGGGACUCUGAGGGGGCCGGGGCGGGGUGGGGGGAAGGGCGGG